AAACACUUUUAGGGACAUUCAUGACGCACCGACAGAUUCAUGGACAUUAAUAUUAACCAUUGACUCGAUUUGACCACAUUUAACGAUACAUUUUGGUUUAUAAUGGGCUACCGAGAAAAUAAAUUUUGAAGACGGGACCUGCCGCGACUCGCUGACAUGUUGAAAACAAGAUGAAAACAAUCUUGUUGGUUAAAAGGGAAUGGCUGACAGUAUGUAUGUAAUAUACUUCAGAAUAAAGAGGCGUUUAAAUUAGAAUAUGAUGAACAAAUAAAGAGAGGAAGAAAUCCAAAGUCAAGUCCAGGAAACUUCAUUUGUAACCAUUUUUUCUAAUCAAUAUGGAUAGAAAUUCCGAGAACGAAUAUCUUGAUCUGAAGCUCAGUGCUGAGAUGGAGAAGCUUGCAGAUCAGCUGACUGAAUCGGGGAAACCGGUACUGGAUGCAGAUGUAAUGAAAUCUUUCAAGAAAAUAUGCAAGAUCUCAGAUAUGUAUGUGAAACAUGCUUUUCACAUACUGAUGACAAAACUAGAGGAGGACCAUUCAGAAGUUCGACUGUCUGCCUUCCAGAUGGUGGAUGAGUUAUUCAAUAGAUCACAUAGCUUCAGGGAACUGCUAGUGGCUGAAUUCCAGAGAUUUUUAGAGCUAACUGUUGAGGUUGAUUUUGAGCAGCCUCUUCCACCUCCCAAGGCUGCUGCCAAUGCACUGCGCACUAACUCACUCAAAGCCAUACAACAGUGGCAAGAGAAAUAUGGAGAAGCCUACAAGAAACUCAAGCUUGGCUUCAACUACCUGUCUACAUGUAGACAUGUGGAUUUUGACAAUAUAAGAGCUAGAACACUGGCCGAACAGCAACGACAGAGGGAAGAAGAAAUAAAAAAGAAACGGAUUGCCACAGAGAGAAUAAAGAAAGUUUUAUGUGAAUUGGCAGACAUGGGAGGAGACAUACAAAAUAGUUUGAAGGAAAUACAAACCUGUUUUGAUCUGCUGCUACCUUCACCUGAAAACUUUUUCAUAAAGGCCCAAGAUGAUGAAAUACAGAAAAAAACUUGUGUCACAAACACAAAACCGUCCGAGACAAAUUUAAACUUAGAAACUUCAAACAUAGCAAAUGAUGAGGAAAACUCUAGUCCAGGAAGUGAAAUCAAAACUUCGCUGGGUGAGACAAAUUCAGCGUUAAAUGUGGAGUUGAAUUCUACAAGUCAGGUGGUUCAUGAUUCAGGAAAGAAAAACUUUGAACCUUCCACUUCCAGUGUAAAAUACUGCAAUUCAUUAUCAAUGGAUGAUGGUUCAAUAUCAAAGGGAGGUAAUGCAAUGGAAAAGAAAGAUUGCUUAGAAACCAGUAAUGAAAAUGACAUUGGAAACAUCUGUGCCAAUGAUAAUUUGAAAAAUGGACAUGAAGCUGAGAAUAACUCAAAUCAUGGGAAUAAUUUGGAAGAAGAUGACGAUGAUGAUGAGGAUGAAGAAAGUGAUGAGGAUGAUAUGGAGAGUGUAGAUGAAGAUUAUUUUGUCCAGAGACAUGGGUUAGGGACACAUAGGUAUAACAUUACCAUUGAUAUCAACCCAGGACCUGUAUCACUAAAGGAGACGGAGGAUAAUCAGGCAGUGCUAACAACACUCAAGGACUUGUACAGACUGUUGGUGUCAAAGUAUAUCCCUACUGUCCAACGCUGGUUACAGGUACUCUCUAAAUAUGGAGCCAAACAAGGGGAAAUUAAAACAAUCAUUGACCUGAAAGCAGAGAUAGAGAAAACAAAGAAACAGUUUCAUGAGUUGAAUGUUGUCCCAGAAGAAAAGAUAAUUGAUGACAGUAAAGAUUCAGAUGAUAGUGAGGAAGAAUUUGAAGAAGUUCCUGAGAAAGAAGGUUAUGAACCACACAUUCCAGCCCACCUCCGUGCUGAAUAUGGGAUGGACCCCCUACCUAGUUCUAGUACAACAGGCCCCAGUCAGCUAGGGACAGCUCAUCUAAAGAUAUCCCCUGUCAAAAAUGUGAAGUCUGCACCAGCAAGAGGCAAGAUACCACCUGGUAAGAAAGCCACACCACACUACUGGGACAUCAAUUGUCGAUUACAGGAGGACAGUGUUGAUGACCCUACAUCUCUUAAGGCAAAUCUGAAACGCCUGGGGCAGGACACAAGUAGACCUGGACCAAGUGGUGCUAAGCAAGGUACAUUAUCUGCAAGUGAUGAGAAGAAAAAGGGACAAUCUAGUUCUUCAAGUACAAAUGGAUCUUCAAGGAAAGAAAAACUGCUACAGAAAGCACCAUUGAUCUCUUAUGGUGUUGAUUUGGAACAUUGGGAAGACCCAGAAAAAAUAGCCAUGCCCAUGGUGGAAAAGUAUGACUCCUUACACAGGUUCUGGACACCGUCUGAAGAGGCUUCCAUUGUACCAGAAAGGGAAGGAAGAGCCGCUAUAACAAAACGUAACAUGAGCUACACUGGAAAGUUUGAGCCUGUAAAGUGGAGCUGUAGAGCUCCACUCCCAAAUGGCAAACUUUGUGAGAGAAUGGAUAGAUACAAGUGUCCCUUCCAUGGAAAAGUCAUUCCUCGAGAUGACCUUGGAAAUCCCACUGAACCUGAGGACAUUGCAAGACUAGCUAGCAAAGAGCCAGAUAUCGAAGAUGAGCUACCACCUUGGCAGGAUCCAGAGCUGCAGGCAGAUAUUGAGGCAGCCACUGGCAUUGACCUUGGCUCUAUGAGGUCAAAGGGCAAAGGCAAAGGAAAGGGCAAAGGCAAAGGUAAAGGGAAGAAGUCAAAACACCCUAACUUAACCAACAUAAAGGAGUCCGUAGAUACUGCUCGAAACAGACUGGAGGCAAAGGUUUUUAAACCAUCAUCAUUAAAGCGAGUUGCUGCAGCUCAGAAUGAAAUUGCAUACAAGAAAGUUCGGGAUAAGUUUGGAAAUCAGUUCAACUACGCCCUCAAGUGACGAGGCAGAUUGAUGUCAAGUUUGAGAUAAUCAAAGAGUGACUUCAACUCAAUAAAAAGACUGAUCUGGUUUAUUCAUUGGUGGUAGUGUGUACGUGAGGUGCCAUGAUCAAACUGAAGUCAAUGUUGAUCAUCUUUUGACAUGAUAUGAGGUGGUUGUGAUAGCUGAGUCAGUAGAGCUCAGAGGUGUAUGAUUUGCUUUUUCUUUUAUAUGGCAGUUUGUGUUUUAUGGACAGCUAAGAAAAGGAUCAAUCUGUGCUGUCCUGGUUGUAUCCUUGGGCAAGACACUUUGUUAUGGAUUGCAUGUAACAGGCCUCCCAUAUGUUGUUCUGUAGGGUAUCAACUACAUGUUCAAGGAGACCCCUACCUCAAAAUGUCUCUUGUUUGUUCACGGGGCAAUAAAUUCAGUAAACGAACAAACAAAUCUUACUAUAUAAGACUUAUUGUGUUAUUUAUCUAUUUAUUUACUGUGAAUAGAGAAGAUUUUUUUAUUUAUUAGGUAAUGUUGGACAAGAUGUCAAUAUAGACAGAAUGUUUGAAUAAGGGCAUUUUUUCGUUUGAUGGUGUGUGAAAAUUGUUAUAUGAAUGAUUGAUAUGAUAAUGUUAACCUCUUACACUGUGUAUUAAAAAAAUUGUAUGUUAUAACCUUCAUCAGAAAUUGAAUCACACAAUUGGGUCAGAUAGUAAGUUCACUGUUACUCAGGGGUCAGAUUUGAGUAAUUUCCUUGUUCCUCAGGAGUCAUAUAAGAGAAAUUUCCUGAUUACUCAGGAGUCAUAUAAGAGUAAAUUCCUGGUUACUCUGGAGUCAGAUAAGAAUAAGUUCCUGAUUACUUAGGGGUCAGAUAAGAGUAAGUUCCUGGUUACUUAGGGGUCAUAUAAGAGUAAGUUCCUGGUUACUCUGGAGUCAGAUAAGAGUAAGUUCCUGGUUACUCAGGGGUCAUAUAAGAGUAAGUUCCUGGUUACUCAGGGGUCAUAUAAUAGUAAGAUGAGAGUAAAUUCCUGGUUACUCAGGGGUCAUAUAAGAGUAAAUUCCUGGUUACUCUGGAGUCAGAUAAGAAUAAGUUCCUGAUUACGUAGGGGUCAGAUAAGAGUAAGUUCCUGGUUACUCAGGGGUCAUAUAAGAGUAAGUUCCUGGUUACUCAGGGGUCAUAUAAGAGUAAGUUCCUGGUUACUCAGGAGUCAUAUAAUAGUAAGAUGAGAGUAAAUUCCUGGUUUCUCAGGGGUCAUAUAAGAGUAAAUUCCUGGUUACUCUGGAGUCAGAUAAGAAUAAGUUCCUGAUUACUUAGGGGUCAGAUAAGAGUAAGUUCCUGGUUACUCAGGGGUCAUAUAAGAGUAAGUUCCUGGUUACUCAGGGGUCAUAUAAUAGUAAGAUGAGAGUAAAUUCCUGGUUACUCAGGGGUCAUAUAAGAGUAAGUUCCUGGUUACUCAGGGGUCAUAUAAGAGUAAGUUCCUGGUUACUUUGGGGUCAGAUAAGAGUAAGUUCCUGGUUACUUAGGGGUCAGAUAAGAGUUAAUUCCUGGUUACUCAGAGGUCAUAUAAGAGUAAGUGCCUGGUUACUUAGGGGUCAGAUAAGAGUAAGUUCCUGGUUACUCUGGAGUCAGAUAAGAGUUAAUUCCUGGUUACUCAGAGGUCAUAUAAGAGUAAGUGCCUGGUUACUUAGGGGUCAGAUAAGAGUAAGUUCCUGGUUACUCUGGAGUCAGAUAAGAGUAAAUUCCUGGUUACUCAGGGGUCAUAUAAGAGUAAGUUCCUGGUUACUUUGGAGUCAGAUAAGAGUAAGUUCCUGGUUACUCAGAGGUCAUAUAAGAGUAAGUUCCUGGUUACUCAGUGGUCAGAUUAGACAAGUAUCAAUGUGUACUUUGUGGACAAGAUGCAUUUCUAAAGUUUUGAUAUAUUGUUCUUAGUUUCACAUUAGCUUCAGGUGAUAACAGAGAAAUGUCAGAUGCUAUUUUUUUAGUCAGAAAUACAUAGAAUAUAAAUGUAUGUGUAUAAUAUAAUCUUCAACAUUACUUAGACAACAAGUGCAAUAGAAGAAUAGUUUUGUGUGAUAUUUUUAUAAUUGCAAAACAAAAUGCAAAUUUUAAUGUACAACUUCCUGUAACUUGAUAA